AUGAGUCUUCGCUGGCUGCUUCUCGCCGGCCUUGUCGGACUGUGCCGCGGCUUUGCGGCUGUCGGUCGGCCUGACGACGGCUGCGAAGACGCGGACGACACCACAGUCAUGCAGGCCGCUCGAGGGAUGGGGCUCGGCGACGUCAUGAGCUGCAGCGACGUUGCGAUCCAAGGCCUCUGCAGCCACCCGCAGGCAAAGGAGGGUACCUGCGACCCCAACCCGAAUCCGACUGGCACGGUGACAAAGGUGUGCCCGCUUGGCAGCCUGGAGCUCGCGCCGAGCGGAGACAUCUCGGAUGCGAGGCCGACGCUCUACAACGGCAACCUAGCCUGUGUGGCCCCGAAAGAUGGCACGCAGUGCGACUUCCGCGGCCAAGACGGCACGCCGGACUACACCCCGUGCUCCGUGUCGUACACGUGCUCCAACAAGAGCGUUCACGGCGAGGACAAGUAUCACCACCGGCCCCUCCAAGACUGCCCGCGAGGCACGUGGAGCUGCGUUGCGUACAACGGCGAGGACGCCGACGGCCUGGAUGGGGUCCUCAAACACAGCACCGUUGGCUCAGAUCCUGGCAAACACAGCCCCGUUGGCUCAGAUCCGGGCAAAAAACAGCACGCCGUGCCUUGCUGGUUUCCAUCGCUCUCGCCUCUUGGCCUCGAGCUGCAGGGGAAUAAAACCAAGCCGGCCGCCCAAGCCGAUCUCCUCGAGCAGUGCAAGCACCCGCCCUUCGUCUUUGCUUACGACGACCCUGGCCCAGUGUCGCGCACGCCAGAAAAGCCAGGCGUGCUGCCGUCGACUCCGACAACCUUCAGCUGCCUCAAGAUCGCCGGCGACAACGAGACGGAUAUCGCGCCGCCAGAGUACUCGACCUUUCCCCAGACGGAGAUUGCGACGCCGUGCGACCCAGCGGGCGGCAACACCUCCCUCGGCUUCUGCGACGACGACAACGACUGCCAGGCACAGUGUGACAACGACGACAACUGCCUCGGCUACUCGGUCCAGAUAAGAGGUGGCAGUGGCAGCGGCGGCGGAUACACCCCAUUCCAGGAAUCCUUUACGCUCAAGAAGUACCUCGGUCCCGCGUGCGUGGAGCACAAUUCUUACGCACACAUCCGCGCCAAGCCGGCAGCUGUCAAGCCAAAGCGCCGCUUUUUGAUCGACCAGACGCUCGGCACACUGGAGGAGUGGAAUCGCCAGUGCGGAGAGACGUUCUGGUCUCAAGGCACGUACGACUGGAUGGCCCUCGAGGCCGGCAAGCCGGGCCGCCGCACGCUCUUUGCGCCGUUCAUGGACGACCCGAUGCCGACGUCAGCAGAGUCCCGCAUCGGCACCGCCUUGCUGCAAGCCCAGUCUGACCACUCGAAGAAUAUCGCUACUCUGACUGGCGGAUCAACUAUGGAGCGCAACUCGGGCUUCAUACCGUCCUUCUCCUACGAGUUCUACGUCACGGAUAUGGGAAAUUACGUCGAAGCCCUCACGAACCUCCAGACGGAGCUCGAGAAGGAGGUCGAGGAGGAGAAGGCACUACAGAAUUACAUCGCGAAACUCAGGAUUGAGCAGGCGAAGCUGAGUGGCAAGGAGAGUGUCGCCGCAAAGACGCAAGAGAUGACGAUGAAGACGAUCGCCACGGCGAUCACUGGGAUGAACGCCGGGAUGGAGGGCAUCUCCAACAUGGGGCGUCAGAUGAACGAAACCACGUUGAAGAUGAAGUCGGAUAUCGACGCGUGGAUUCAAGAGCAGCAGACGAAGGCCUGGUUGGAUUUUGCUUUCGUCGUGGGGGAUUUUGCUCUCUCGGUGGCGGCACCAAUGUUUGCGGCUGCCAGUGAGGGCGCCAAGGUCGAGGCGCUGUUCCCGUGGGGAAAGAAGGCAGACAGGCACGAAAAAGAUGUAGGCAAGUUUCGAGCCCCCAGUUGCAUCGAUGCACUUGACGACGAGUCACGGGCAAUCUUGGCUAAGGUCUGGAAGGGCAAGGAAACUUGGCGCAAAGGCUUCUCUGAAUUGAUCAAGGGCGUCGAUAGCUUCAUGAAGGGCGUCGUUGGCAUCACCGAGGCGGUUAAGGCGGUGUCCACGGCCGACGGGCUGAGCAGUGACGUUCGGGACGCCGCCGGAGCGUCCGUCGCGGCAAUGGAAGAACAGUUCGGCUGGACAGUGACAUAG